AUGGUACCGACAUUCCCCAGGCCCUUGGCCAUUGAGCUCUCUUGGGCCCACCGGAUAUUCACUAACACACCUGCUUUCUUAGAUGCCCGAAAGCCAUUUCUUAAUAUCAGCGGUUGUCGACGGCAUAGCGCACGACAGAUAUCGAUCCCUGCGGCCACCACACCCAUCGCUUCCACACGUCAGACUUUGGUCACCGCCCGCUCCCCUUCGGUACUUAGGCCAUAUUCCACUGAGUCGACUGCACCGGUGCCACCGACCAAGCCCUACCGGGACCUCACUAUCGGCGUGCCUACCGAGGUCUUUCCCGGCGAACGACGCGUGUCUCUGACCCCUGCCAACGUCACCCUUCUCUACAAGAAAGGGUUCGCCAAGGUUCUCGUCCAGCGGGGAGCCGGGCGUCUCGCAGACUUCGCAGAUGAGUCUUAUACGGCUGCUGGUGCUACGCUCGUAGACAGCGCCGAAAAUAUCUGGUCCGAUUCCAACAUCGUGCUCAAGGUGCGCAGCCCGGCUCAAAAAGAGAUCGAGUCCAUUCGUUCCGGUCAGACAAUCAUCUCGUUUUUGCAGCCGGUGCAGAACAAGGAGCUGGUUGAUGCCAUUGCUGCCAGGGGGGCCACGAUUUUUUCCAUGGACAUGAUCCCACGCAUCUCCCGUGCUCAGGUAUUCGACGCUCUCAGCUCCAUGGCCAACAUCACCGGUUACAAGGCCGUCCUCGAGGCGUCCAAUAUCUAUGGCCGAUUCCUCACAGGCCAGGUCACCGCUGCAGGAGCGAUCCCGCCCAGCAAAGUUCUGGUUAUCGGUGCUGGUGUUGCUGGUCUCAGUGCCAUUGCUACGGCCCGUCGACUCGGUGCAGUCGUGCGUGGCUUUGACACCCGUCCAGCUACGCGUGAGCAGGUUCAGUCUCUCGGAGCCGAGUUUGUCGAGGUCGAUCUGAAGGAAGACGGCUCCGGAAUCGGAGGAUACGCCAAGGAGAUGAGCAAGGAAUUCAUCGAUGCCGAGAUGAAGCUCUUCAAGGACCAGGCAAAGGAUGUAGACAUCAUAAUAACUACGGCCCUCAUCCCUGGAAAGCCUGCACCAAAACUCAUCAAGAAGGAGGCCCUCGACGUCAUGAAACCCGGAAGCGUUGUUGUUGAUUUGGCUGCCGAGGCUGGUGGCAACUGCGAGGCCACGGUCAAGGAUGAGCUCAUAACAUACAACGACGUCAAGAUUAUCGGUUAUACUGACUACCCAUCCCGACUCCCUACCCAGUCCUCAACACUCUACUCCAACAAUAUCACCAAAUUUCUACUGUCCAUGGCUCCCAAGGAAAAUGAGUUUGGAAUCGACCUGAGUGAUGAAGUUGUGCGCGGGGCCAUUGUCACACAGGACGGGAAUAUUCUCCCACUUGCUCCUCGACCAGCACCUCCUCCGGCUCCUGCGAAACCCGUAGCAGCAGAGACCAAGGUCGAAGUCAAGGAGCUCACCCCGUGGCAGAAGAAGACCCGGGAAGUUGCUGCCGUCACAGGUGGAAUGGUCUCUGCAUUGAGUCUGGGUAAGCUGACGAGCCCCCUGUUCAUGGGGAAUGCCUUUACCUUUGCUCUCGCCAGUCUCAUCGGCUACCGUGUGGUAUGGGGAGUCGCACCGGCACUCCAUUCCCCUCUCAUGAGCGUGACGAAUGCCAUCUCGGGAAUGGUGGGUAUCGGUGGCCUCUUCAUCCUUGGUGGGGGGUAUUUACCUGAGACGAUCCCUCAAAUGUUUGGUGCUCUCAGUGUGCUACUGGCUUUCGUCAAUGUUGGAGGAGGCUUUGUCGUCACUAAGCGUAUGCUCGACAUGUUUAAGCGUGCGACUGACCCUCCCGAGUAUCAGUGGCUGUAUGCAAUCCCCGCUACUCUUUUUGGAGGCGGCUUUCUCGCUGCCGCAAGCACCGGAGCUGCUGGUUUGGUCCAGGCUGGGUAUCUGGCUAGCUCUCUGCUCUGUAUUGGAUCCUUGAGUGGCCUCGCAUCCCAAGCCACGGCUCGCAUGGGCAACAUGCUGGGCAUGCUCGGUGUCGGAUCUGGUGUUCUAGCCAGUCUUCUAGCUGCCGGCUUCACACCCGAGGUCCUGACUCAAUUUGGCGCCCUGGCUUCCGUCGGAACCUUGGCCGGAUUCCUCAUUGGUAGACGCAUCACGCCUACCGAUCUCCCACAGACAGUUGCGGCCUUGCACUCCGUCGUUGGACUUGCCGCGGUCAUGACUAGUAUCGGGAGUGUCAUGGGGCACGUCUCUGACCUCUCGACUCUUCACAUGGUGACGGCUUAUAUGGGAGUCCUCAUUGGUGGCAUCACCUUUACCGGCUCGAUCGUCGCCUUUUUGAAACUUGCAGGGAGAAUGAAGUCUCGUCCGGCGGUUAUACCGGGCAAGCACUACAUUAAUGGUGGUCUGCUCACGGCAAACGCAGCGACAAUGGGCGCCUUCAUCACCAUGGCUCCCGGCAGCCCCAUGAUUGCGGCAGGUGCGCUUGCGGCGAAUACCUUUAUGAGUUUCAUCAAGGGCUAUACCACAACGGCCGCUAUUGGAGGCGCAGACAUGCCCGUCGUCAUCACCGUGCUCAAUGCCUACAGCGGAUUUGCCCUCGUGGCAGAAGGCUUCAUGUUGGACAACCCCCUCCUAACGUCUGUGGGCGCCUUGAUUGGCGUCUCGGGAUCCAUCCUGUCAUACAUCAUGUGUGUCGCUAUGAAUCGGUCAUUGACAAACGUGCUCUUUGGCGGGGCGACGGCGGCAACACAAGUGCAGGAAUAUAAGCCACAGGGAGAGGUGACGCAGAUAUCUGUUGACGAACUGGCCGUCUCGCUUCUCGGCUCGGAGUCGGUCAUCUUCAUUGUCGGAUACGGAAUGGCUGUGGCCAAAGCGCAGUACGCCAUCUCCAACAUUGUCGAGAUGCUCCGAUCCAAGGGUAUCAAGGUUCGCUUCGCCAUCCAUCCCGUCGCAGGCCGGAUGCCCGGUCAAUGCAACGUCCUCCUCGCCGAGGCCAGUGUGCCUUACGACAUUGUGUUCGAGAUGGACGAGAUCAACGACGAUUUCCCCGAUACAGACCUUGCCGUCGUCAUUGGCGCCAACGACACGGUCAACCCCAUCGCACUAGAAAAGGGCAGUUCGAUCGAGGGUAUGCCUGUUUUGCACGCCUGGAAGGCCAAGCAGGUCGUUGUCAUGAAGCGGAGUCUUGGUAGUGGAUAUGCCGACGUACCCAAUCCCAUGUUUUACAUGCCAAAUGCACGCAUGUUAUUCGGCGACGCUAAGAUUUCGUGUGAAGGUUCGUCCUCCCCCAGAUUUCGAUGGUACAAUCAUCACUGA